AUGGACACGAGUGCACCCAGGCACAGCUGGCAUCGCUCUCGUUGGAGGCCAGCGACGCUGGUUGUGCUGUGUGUCGGCAGCGAGCUUGCUACGGCCAACGAGCUGGUCGACUGCUCGAGGAGCCCAGACUGCUCCGCUCUUCGGCGACAGCCAUGCUCCGAAAGAGGCUCCGUUUCCAACGCCUGCGGGGACUGCCUACCGGGCACAUGGGGAGGUCUCGGCCCGCUGAACACAGUCUGCCUCUCCAAAACCGCUUGCGCCGUCAUCUACUCGGGCGAGGACACUUGUGACUAUGGGCCAGAAAGCGACAUGAGCAUUCCAUUCAUUUCCCCUUUCGGGAGGUGUGUUUGUGAUCCUGGCGAUGGCCUUCUGUGGCCGACAGCGCCUGGAAGGUGUGCGCAGGUGACACUCCGCCUAGCGAACGGGCUGGGGCAAUAUGAGGUCCAGCAGUGCUCCUCCCGCACAUGUGAAGCUGCCACCUGCACGCCUUUGGCACUUUGGUCCCCGGUCCUGACGCAGACGUCUCGAAACGCUAGUUUCACGUGCCAGUCGACAGGUGAAGACGCCGUGCAGCUCCUGGAUGACUGUACUGCCCUGACCAGUCGACUUUCGCCUUCGUCCUUGUGUGGCCAUGCAGGGUUCACCGCAACAAGUACCGUCUUCGAUGCUUCAGGCGAGGCUCCCGUGGACUGUGAGCUCGGUCCGAGCUGCCCCGAGAGCGUCCUGGACACCAGGCUGGAGCAGUCUUGCUGCUUUGGCACCCUCUGGUCCCUCAAGCUGGAUUCUGCGGGUCAG